UGCUGGCCAGGAGGCAGGAGGCAGCCAGGUGGACAGUGGAGGCAGCGGGAACCCAGAGACGUGAGAUGAGAGGCAGGGUCAUGUCGGGGAGCGACCUGCGGGCUGCCGUGGUCCUGCUGCUGCUGCUGCAGAGUGUGCAGUCCGUCUACAUCAAGUAUAAUGGCUUCCGAGUGCAGCUGGAAUCGGUGAAGAAGCUCAGUGAGCUGGAGAAGCAGCAGGCGUCCGAGUCCCAACCAAACACCAGUAGCCUCCUACCUGCUGUGUGCCAUGACCCUGCCUUGCCCCUGGACCUCCAGCCUGUCUGUGCCUCCCAGGAAGCUGCCAGCAUCUUCAAGGCCUUGAGGGCCAUCUCCACCGACGAAUGUGAGCUGUGUAUGAAUGUUGCCUGUACCGGCUGUGGCUGAAAGGACCCUGAGUGUCUUAAGCCCACUCCAGAUACCUACCCACUCAGCCCACCCCAUCCGUACUCAGGCAUCAUCGGAGUAGUAACCCCCUCCCAGCAUAGCUGGAUCCAGACAAAGCAAUGGGGACACAGGGCUGGCAUAUUUGACCUCCAGGCAGCUGCACCCGAAUAAAGAUGCUAUCACAAAA